UAGGGACGUAGAAAUUAGAUCAGACGGUCCAGAUUGUUUAAUCUCGUCACCCUUUUUCCGCUCUCCGUCUUUCGUCUAUCUCUCCAUUCUCUCUCUCUCUUCCUCUUCUAGCUCUAGGGCUUUUCCACUUUUGCCUGCCAAGCGACGACCAGGGCAGUCAUCGGUGUUAGUUCAUUCCUGAAUUCUGAUUUUUCUUUUCUAUUUAUUGCAGAUGUCAUCUUCAAAAGAAGUAAAAUAUACUUCUCGAUCGAUUACACCUCCAGCUCAGCGCCAAAGAUCGAGAUCCUCAUCAAGGUCUAGAGGAAGAAGUCGUUCUAGGAGCCAAGAUUCUUUAGAAGCAGAUAAUCCUGGGAACAACCUUUAUGUAACAGGUUUAUCUACAAGGGUAACUAAUGAAGACCUAGAAAAGUAUUUUAGCAAAGAGGGAAAGGUUCAGGAAUGCCAGGUCGUUAUGGACCCUCGGACAAAAGAAUCUCGUGGGUUUGCAUUUGUAACUAUGGAGACUGUAGAGGAUGCAAACCGUUGCAUCAAAUAUUUGAAUCGAUCUGUGCUAGAAGGACGCUUAAUGGUCGUUGAAAAGUAUGAACCACCCUCAUGUCGACAUGAGCACCGCAUCAACAUCUCAGUUACCAAUUCAAAUCCGACUAUAUUAGAGAGGAUUGCAAAAAGACGUCGUGGGAGGACACCUACUCCUGGAAAAUACCGUGGUGCAAGGGAAAGAAGUGGUGCAAGGGAAAGAAGAGGUGCGCCAUGGAAUAGUUUGAAUUUUUAUAACUUUGGUUGCACCAUAAUGCUAGUUCGCCGGCGGAAACUAUCCCGGAGCUGCUCGCCAUCUAAGCCACCUCGUUGUCGUGGACAUUCACAUUCAAGGGAGAGAUGUCAACGGGAACGAUCCCGCUCACCGCGUGGGAUAGAAGCUCGUAGAAGGCUUAGAGAGAGAUCAAUGUCAGCUGGAAGUGAUCGCCAGCCUGAUUAGGUUGUUAAGUCCAACUGCAGAUUGUAUUCACCCAUAAAGACUGAACAUUGCUAUAUUUCUGAUUAUAGAUUGAUCUGAAAUUAGCUUGUGAUUUAGGAGGAUGGAACAUAUAUUCUCCUCAGUUGGCUAUCCACAUCUGUAAGGCCAUUUUAUUCUAUUCUGUCGUACUUAUGUUGUUGUAAUACCACAGCGGCUAAUCAGAUGAAAUAUUUGAACUUUUAGUCUGUGACAUUGUAUUCUGAAUUAUUAAAUGGAUUGCCACUUGAUCAA